UGCGGGAGCAGGUUUCUUUCCAAGAAGUGGCUCAGCCUUGACCAGUGGGCUCUCCCCGCUGCCCCCUAUAAAUGGGCCCUUCCCGCCGGGACCGGCCACUCGCUCCUGAGCACGCAAACAUGCUGGGCUUCACCGUCCUCGCCGCGCUCCUGGCCUGCGCCUCCAGCUGCGGGGUCCCCACCUUCCAGCCCAACCUCGUAGCCCGGGUGGUGGGCGGAGACAAUGCCGUGCCCCACAGCUGGCCCUGGCAGAUCUCCCUCCAGUACCUGAAGGACGACACGUGGAGGCACACAUGCGGUGGCACCUUGAUCUCCAACAACUUCGUCCUCACGGCCGCCCACUGCAUCAGCAAAUCCAAGACCUACCGCGUGGGCCUGGGGAAAAACAACCUGGCCGUGGACGACGAGCCCGGCUCCGUGUUCGUGGACGUGGACACCAUCUUCGUCCACGAGAAGUGGAACUCCUUCCUGGUGCGCAAUGACAUCGCCCUCAUCAAGCUGGCGGAGCCCGUGGAGCUGAGUGACACCAUCCAGCUGGCCUGCCUGCCCAAGGAGGGCGCCAUGCUGGCUCGGGACUAUCCCUGCUACGUGACCGGCUGGGGCCGCCUCUGGACCAACGGCCCCAUCGCCGAGGAGCUGCAGCAGGGUCUGCAGCCCGUGGUGGACCACGCCACCUGCACCCAGAGCGACUGGUGGGGCGCCAUGGUGAGGGAGACCAUGGUGUGCGCCGGCGGCGACGGCGUCACCUCCGCCUGCAACGGGGACUCCGGCGGCCCGCUCAACUGCCAGGCAGAGAACGGCUCCUGGGAGGUGCGGGGCAUCGUGAGCUUCGGCUCCGGCCUGGGCUGCAACACCCUCAAGAAGCCCGCCGUCUACACCCGCGUGUCCGCCUACAUCGACUGGAUCAACGAGAAAAUGCAGCAGUGAUCCGUCCUCGGGAGCCACGGCCACAACCCCCCGCAACCACAAUAAACCUCUCUGCCUGA